AUGGUAGCGCACGCUUGCGCAAGCGUGCCGUGCCCGACGUUGUGGUUAUACUACGAGCAACCAAGCGCAAGUGCCCCUAGUCUCAACAGGACAGUACAGUCAAAAUUGACAUCCAGAGUAAGUGCCCAGUUGCGUGAUGAAGAAACCCCGGCUCAGCGCGAGGCUCGUCUAGCUGCAAAUGCGGAGAGAGCGGCUGCUUCACGUGCUGAAGAAACACCGGCUCAGCGUGAGGCUCGUCUAGCUGCAAAUGCGGAGAGAGCGGCUGCUUCACGUGCUGAAGAAACCCCGGCUCAGCGUGAGGCGCGUCUAGCUGCAAAUACGGAGAGAGCGGCUGCUUCACGUGCUGAAGAAACCCCGGCUCAGCGUGAGGCGCGUCUAGCUGCAAAUGUGGAGAGAGCGGCUGCUUCACGUGCUGAAGAAACACCGGCUCAGCGUGAGGCUCGUCUAGCUGCAAAUGCGGAGAGAGCGGCUGCUUCACGUGCUGAAGAAACCCCGGCUCAGCGUGAGGCGCGUCUAGCUGCAAAGGCGGAGAGAGCGGCUGCUUCACGUGCUGAAGAAACACCGGCUCAGCGUGAGGCUCGUCUAGCUGCAAAUGCGGAGAGAGCGGCUGCUUCACGUGCUGAAGAAACCCCGGCUCAGCGUGAGGCUCGUCUAGCUGCAAAUGCGGAGAGAGCGGCUGCUUCACGUGCUGAAGAAACACCGGCUCAGCGUGAGGCUCGUCUAGCUGCAAAUGCGGAGAGAGCGGCUGCUUCACGUGCUGAAGAAACCCCGGCUCAGCGUGAGGCGCGUCUAGCUGCAAAUACGGAGAGAGCGGCUGCUUCACGUGCUGAAGAAACCCCGGCUCAGCGUGAGGCGCGUCUAGCUGCAAAUACGGAGAGAGCGGCUGCUUCACGUGCUGAAGAAACCCCGGCUCAGCGUGAGGCGCGUCUAGCUGCAAAUGUGGAGAGAGCGGCUGCUUCACGUACUGAAGAAACCCCGGCUCAGCGUGAGGCGCGUCUAGCUGCAAAUGCGGAGAGAGCGACUGCUUCACGUGCUGAAGAAACCCCGGCUCAGCGUGAGGCGCGUCUAGCUGCAAAGGCGGAGAGAGCGACUGCUUCACGUGCUGAAGAAACCCCGGCUCAGCGUGAGGCGCGUCUAGCUGCAAAUGCGGAGAGAGCGGCUGCUUCACGUGCUGAAGAAACCCCGGCUCAGCGUGAGGCGCGUCUAGCUGCAAAUGUGGAGAGAGCGGCUGCUUCACGUGCUGAAGAAACCCCGGCUCAGCGUGAGGCGCGUCUAGCUGCAAAUGUGGAGAGAGCGGCUGCUUCACGUGCUGAAGAAACCCCGGCUCAGCGUGAGGCGCGUCUAGCUGCAAAUGCGGAGAGAGUGGCUGCUUCACGUGCUGAAGAAACCCCGGCUCAGCGUGAGGCGCGUCUAUCUGCAAAUACGGAGAGAGCGGCUGCUUCACGUGCUGAGGAAACUCCUGAUCAGCGCGAGGCCCGUCUAACUAAUGACAAUGAAAGACGUUUUAACCAAAGAUUAAGCCAUACACCACAAGAUCGUGAAAAUCUUUUAAGACAAAGAAGGGAUGAAAGAGCGAAUUUCAUGCGUAUGACAUGGGAUCAGUUAGGGGUAUAG